AUGGCUGCCACAGAAUUCCUCAUCCGGGUUCUGCUAGGGACCAUUUGGUACCCGCAGAAGGUCGGUGAUGAGCUGGAUGAGGCCACGCGUGAGCGCAUGCAGCAACGUGCGCAGCUGCUGAGCUUGGAGAUGUCUCGGCUGCUGCAGGAGCUGGAGCAGAGCAGCCAGGAGCAGAGCAAUAUGGCCUGGGGAGCUCUGCUCUUUGCUGCCUUGCAGCAGCGACAGUUCUGGGCCAUUGCUGGAGUCCUGGUCCUGCUCUUUGGGCUCUGGUGGUGGCUCAGCAGAAGGAGCCAUGAGACCGACACAUGCAGCAAGAAAGGCAGUUGCAGAAAGAAGGGGCACAGGCAGGAGCAAGAAGGAAAACCCAGUGUUGCUCUGGAUGUGGGCAGAAUUUUGGCGGAGCGCCUUCUGGACGUGCCAGAAUCAUUUGUCAUGGUGGAGGAGCUGGUGGAUGAACUUCUGCGUACCUGCCGAAGACUCUGCAGGAAUAGUUUCAUGCCGCGACUGAUGCCAGCCAUUGGGGAGGGCAGUUUCUGCCAAGGCUGGAGUCCCCGUGAGGAUGACGCCGUCUACCGCCUGCUCGUGCCCCUGCAGGCCCCCCACGGGCACGCCUUCCACCUCGAGCUGGGCACUGAUGAGGAGAUGCCGGCAAGGAACUCCCGCCUCCGUGUGGAGCUGGUGUGUACCUGCACGAGGGAGCGGCUGGUGAAGGACAUGCUGUGCUUCCUCCACCACCCCAAGGAGGAGCUGAGGAGAAAUCAGGGUCCCAGCCUGCUAGGCACCCUCUGCACCGGCCCCUACCUAGACGUGGAGAAAACCACACGUUGGUUCCAGACAUUGGUACGUGCAGCCUGGCAGGUUUUGCCUCGGUCACAACACAGCCGCCUCACAGUGCUGCCCUCCAGGCGCUCCUGCAAGCUCCGGGUUGUGGAUGCUUCUGAUAGUCUCCUCCUGAUUGAGAUGCUGUUUGGGGUGCAGCAAGGUGACUCGGACACCUUCCUGAGCAUCGAGUAGGCAGAGGCCAGGCUUACCAUCAGCGGGACGUGGCCAGAGAGCUGUGCUAUGGCAGAGGUGCACAUCUUCACGCACAGGGCCAGGCGUGGCGGCACUCCCCGGGGAGCUGGUCCUGCAGAACCAAGCACGCUGGACACGGAGAACACACAGCUCCGUCAGCAGUGGGAAUUGCUGCUGCGCCUUUCCUGCGCAGAAGAAGCACGCCCUGGGGAGCGGGGCCCCAUGCAGCUGAAGGGGCCGUUGCAAGGAGGCUUGCGACAGAGACACCCGUUGCCUGCUGGACGGUGACUGCCCUUCCUCUCUGAGAGACACUGUCC